UGUGAUAGAAACCAAAAUUGAUUAUGUUUGUAUUGAUACAUUUGUUUGCAUCUUGCAAACCCCAAUCUCCAUUUCAACAACUAAACAGGUUUUCGGGGGAACUGCUGCUCAGGCGAGAAGCUCCGGGUCCCACCAGUUCCCAGCAGGUCUAGCAGUAGACCGACCUACUGGGCCUCCCCGAGGUUUGUGCGCCUUCAACCAGGGCGCCGCUCGCCUGCCUGGGGGGGGGGGUUUCGAGUGAAGAGACCUCAGUGGGGUUGUUGGAGGUGACACACUGGGGAUAACGGCUGCCAUUCGUGCGGUGAAAGCUGGUGGUAGGGCAGCAUCACGCUGCCCAUUGAUGUAGGGCUCAGGCGGGACUUGUCUCUACCUGAGCAUCAACAUACCACCCAAGGAACAGCAGAACCUGUUCAGCCACAUGUUUCUGAUCUGUCAGUGGAGCUUCCUCAUUCUGCUCUGUGAGGCCGGAUGGCGUUGCAGUUUGUGUCAUGUGCCGGUUGAUCCAUCUGGAACAUUCCAGUAGCAGCUUCUCUGUCAGACCUGGUUCUGAAUGAGCCAUAGAACAACCGGAGCUGGGGUCAGGGCACUGAUUAAUGCUACAGCUGAACAUAAUCUGAUCUGGAGGAGGAAGCCGACCUGGACCUGAUUCUCACCAGUAAAGUCAGACUGAAGACAAGUGGAGGUCUGCUGAGAUCAUGGCUGCUUCAGAAGAAGACACUAAAACAUUUGCUCCUUCUAACAAAACCGUCUUACAGAGGUUGAACAUUAGUGAAAACAGCCGCAGGAGUCUGGACAUAAGAAUGUCAUUAAUAGGGAAAGCAACAGAAAACUGUCAAUGCAAAACUGUUCAUCAGUGGCUGAGGGACAACUCCCAGUCUGACUCUUUCUCCAGACUGGUGGACAUGGUCGAUUUUCUGCAAAAACACAUCCAUGAGGCAGAGAGGAAGAGCCAUGGUGCCUGCGUUGACAUCACCUUUUGGGCUCAUGGGUCUAUAGGACUCCCUCUGAUCCCAGCCAGCUGCCUGAUGCCUCUGCCCACCGUCAGGGACGUGGUGUUGUACGCUCCCUGGAACUGUAUCACGAUCACUGAUGUAACGUACGGUGUCGCUACAGGAAGAAUUCAGCCUCAGCGCAGAGUGUUUUACUGUAGGGACCACGACAAGUGUCCAGUUCCUGAUGGAAAGCACCGACCCACCAACCUGCCAGAUCGCUGGAACUCGUUGAAGGAAGCUGAUGGAUGGAAAAUCCCCACCAUUGUGGUCAGUCCUUUAGAGCAUGAGGAUGGUGCAUGGAACAGGUUGAAGCACCUCAUUAAACAACAUGGAUCAGUAGGAAGGAACCGCAUCCUCAUCCCGUUCAUCCUCCCAGGUCAAAGUGGCGUCACUGUCCCGUUCCCUGUGGUCACCCUGGCCCUGUCUCUGGUUCUGCUUUCCUCCAGGUUCAAAGCCACCAUCCAUCUGGCUGCUUGCCUGAGAGAUCCAACUGGAGAACUGACAGGGUAUCAAGAAUAUCUGAAGCGGCAGUACGCCUACGCUACGGACAACACAGGAAUGGAAGUGGUUUUCAGUUGAACCCUGAUGUCGGGGCCUCUUUGUGAACAGGGUUCUGGACCUGCCAGUUGAUAAAACAUGUCACUGUAUGUCAAUCAAGAUGAGAGCUUCUUCCCAAGGGCUGUGUCUUGCAAUUCCUCGCUUGUCCUGUGCAAACCUGGCGAAUAAAGCUGACUUUGACUUUAACACAAUCAUGAGCGGACGGAAGAGACAAAAACUCACCAUGCAUUUAUCAGAAACUUAAUCACAGAUGAGUUUAGUCACUGAUUAAACUCGGGUACAGAUCAUAAACAACAAUGAAACAACUGUGAACGUCAACACACCUUGUUUUGUCAUAACCCUCUGCUGUAGUGUCUUUCAGUCACCAGCAGGGGUCAGUCUGUGACCACACUUUGGUGCCAAGAACACCAGCAAACACUCAAACUCGAACUCAUAGUCCUGUAGAAGGGUAGGACUCGCCUCAACAGCCUCCAGUGUGUCCAACCUCAUUCCAUUCAGCGAAUGAGUCUGUUGCAUCCCUCUGUUUUAUGCUGUCUCCCCAGCGUGCAGCAUCAAACAGACAGGUUGCUACAUGCCACAGAGGGCCUGGUGCUCUGUAGGGGGCUGGGUUGGAUCUUAUCAGGCAUCUGUUCUCCUCUUCCUGCCCAUUUCUGAAGCAUUCAACAUUCACAGUAUCGUCAGGGUACACUGGAAUGUGGCAGAACUCAGGAGUUGUAUACUGCUGUGUUUAAGACUGGAGCCUGGUCCCUGUGCUGCUUGGGGUUCUGUCCAGUUAUCCAGUUCCAGUCCCAUCUAGUUAAACUCUAAAAAUGAUUGGUUGGAUGGGGUUGAAUGCUCUCAUGCCAAUGUGAAACACGUGCAGAACAGCAUCUUGUUCAGGUGGACACUGGAACCAUUGGGAACAAAUGCAGGCAUGUAAUUGGUCACAUCUGGUGCCAAGGGGAAGAAACCCCGCUAUGCUAUUGGCUGAUAUUGGAACAGCCCCUGAAGUUUGGCGUCGGGUCGGAAACAGCUGAUCAAGCUGCCCUGGACUCAAUCAGUCACAAUGUGGUUGAAGCUACACAAAGGAUGUAAACGGGAGAAGGGGCAAGUCGAGGCAGGCACGUCGGGGAGAGAGAGCCGGGGCCACGGACCCGGAGCAACCUGUUUGUGUGAUUUGGACUCAAGAACAGGAUGGUCGGACCAGACUUUAACUGCAGGUACAAGUAGCUGUCGGUUUUGGAUUGAUUCUCAUUGAAGCGUGUCCCUUUUUUUGUUUUUUUUUCUAAUUUCUUUUUUGUGUUUUGUUGGUUUGCACUUUGGACUCUACUGUAAAAGUGUUUGUUAAGCCAAAGUUGCAGCGUGCUGCAUCUCAGACUCUGGUUUAGGACUCAACGUUUGGCUUUAUGUUGUUGUUUUGCUGAGUUCUUGGCUCCAGUGUGUCGCUGGCUGUGACAGAGACUGGGCCCUGAUUGCAGACACUUGUGAACAAUGCAGGUUUUGCAAAAUGACAAGAAUGCGAGAGUGUGAACGUAUUUUUGUGUUUGCUGUAUUUAAAACCUGGGGACAUUCAUGAGCAGUGAAACCGGUGGGGAUCAGCAUGCGUUCGAGGUGUUGUUUAAAACUAGAAUCUGUCAUUAAGCCAGAAAUAUUUAAAAAAUGGUGGACCAGAGGAAUUGUCUUAGCUACUGAACAUUUGCAUCAAAUAUAAAAGCUUUAGAUAUGGUCAUUAGCAGUAAAUAUGUUACACGUUGGAAUCUACAGUUCACUUUCAAUUUGCUUUUUAAACCACUUAGUGUUUUGUUCUUUGUACUAUAAGACAGUCAGUUUAAUUUUUAUGUCCUAAUACGUCCCUAAGAAAAAAACCCUACUGUUUAUUACUUGAUGGUCAAUCACAGACCAGGACUAACAUCAACAUUUCUGAAUGUUGAAGAUCUGAUAUAGUUGGUAUACAGCUCAUGUGUUGCUCACAUGUCCUGCCUUGAAUUGCCCCUUGAGAAUAAAUAAAGUUUCUUUGAUUUGA